ACCCCCUAAAUCCUCCCAAAAUUUCCAUUUUUUGGGGUUUGGGACCCCCAGGACCCCCCAAAUUUCCAAUUUUGGGGUUGGGGACCCCAGGAUUUUCCAGUUUUUUGGGGUUGUGGGCCCCCAAAAUUUCCGGGGUCCCCUCUAAAUUUCCAUUUUUUGGGGUCAGGACCCCCAGAUCUCCCCAAAUUUUGGGGUUUUUGGGGUGGGACCCCUCCAAUCCCCCCCAGAACCUUUCGAAUUUUGGAUUUUUGGGGUCAGGACCCCCAAAAUUCCCCCAGAAGCUCCAAAAUUUCAGAUUUUUGGGGCUGGGACCCCCAAAUCUGCCCCAAAUUUCGGAUUUUUGGGGCUGGGACCCCCAAAUCUGCCCCGAAUUUUGGAUUUUGGUGCUCAGGCCGCCCAAAUCUGCCCCGAAUUUUUGAUUUUUGGGGUUGAAGCUCCCAAAUCCCCUCCAAAUUUCUGAUUUUGGGGUUCAGCCGCCCCCAGUUCCCCUUUCCCUCUCCAAAUUUGAGAUUUUGGGGAUCAGGACCCCCAAACCCCCCCAAAUUUUUGAUUGACACGGUCAGGCUCCCUCGAAAUUCCGUUUUUUGGGGUCAGAACCGCCCAAAUUCCCAUUUUUUUGGGUCAGAAUUCCCCAAAUUAACAUUUUUCGGUUUCAGCCCUCACCAGAAUCCCCCAAAUUCCCAUUUUUUGGGUCAGAACUGCUCAAAUUCCUAUAUUUUGGCAUCUAAACCCCCCAAAUUCCCAUUUUUUGGCUCAGAACCUCCCAAAUUCCCAUUUUUUUGGUCUAAACCCCCCCCAAUUCUCAUAUUUUGGGGUCAGAACCCCCAAAUUCCCAUUUUUGGUGUCUAAAUCUCCCAAAUUCCCAUUUUUGGGGUCAGAACCGCCUCAAAUUAACAUUUUUCGGUUUCAACGCCCCCAGAACCCCCCAAAUUCCCAUUUUUGGGGUCCAAAUUCCCAUUUUUGGGGUGAGAACCUCCGAAAUUCCCAAUUUUGCAGUCAGAACCCCCUAAAUUCAGAAUUUUUGGGUCCAAACCCCCCAAAUCCCCAUUUUUGGGGUCAGAACCCCCCAAAAUCCUCUCAAAUCCCCAUUUUUCAGUCCCACCCCCCCAAACCCCUCCCAAAUUUUAAAUUCCCGUGACCCCACCCCCUCCCCUAAUUACCAUUUGGAGGCCCCGCCCCCCAUCAUGGCCGACCCCAUCAUGGAUCUCUUCGACGACCCCAACCUGUUCGGCCUGGACCCCCUCCCCCCCGAGGAGCUGGUGGCCCCGCCCCCUGCCCCGCCCCCUUCCUCCGAGGCCCUUCCCCCUCCCUCCUCCGACCCCCUGGCCGAAGCUUUGGGGCUCUCAGGGGCCCUUGACCCCGCCCCCGCCCCCAGCCCCGCCCCCAGCCCCGCCCAGCCCCUCCCCCAACCGGAAGCGGAAGUGCUGAGUCAGGGGAACCCCUUCAUGGGGGUCUCCGCCCCUCCCCCACCCGCCCCGCCCCCCGCGGCGGGAGCCCCUCCCCACAAAAUCGUCAUCCUCAAAGCCCCGCCCCCGCCGGGAGGAGGCCCCGCCCCGGCCACGCCCAACGGCGGCAAAGUCACCCUGGCCAAGGUGCUGGCCCCGCCCACCAUCCGCGCGGGGGGCGUGGCCUCGGCGGCGGCGGGGGGCGUGGCCUCGGCGGCGGGGGGCGGGGCCAGGCAGGUGAAGCAGCUGCUGCUGCAGCCCCUGAAGGCGGCGGGGGCGGGGCCGGGCGCACCUGGGACCGCCCCCCUGAAACCCGGCCUGAGCCUGACGCCCGCGCAGGGCGAGUCCAAGCGCAUCACGCUGGUGCUGCAGCAGACACCUGGCGCAGGUGCCGCCCCCGGGCAGCGCCACGUCGUGCUGGGCACCCUGCCCGGCAAGCUCCUCCUGCAGGGCGGGGCCGCGGCCACGCCCGGCGCCGCGGCCAAAGGCCGCCCGCGCGCUCCGGCCAAGGUGGUGACCAUCCAGCUGCAGGUGCAGCCCCCGGCCGCGGCCGGACACGGCGCCGCGCAGAAGAUCCAGCUGAUCCAGCCGGGGGCGGGGCCGGUGGGCGUGGCCCAGGUGCCGCAGGUGGUGGGCGGGGCCGGGCAGAGGCUGACGGUGCCGCUCAAGGUGGUGCUGCAGCCGCAGGCCAGCUCCUCCUCGAGCGCCGCCGCGGCCGGCCUCUCGGUGGUCAAAGUGCUGAGCGGCUCGGAGGUGACGGCGCUGGCCGCGGCGCCCUCGGCGUCCCCGCGCGGCGGCGGCGGGCGGCGCGCUGGCGUUGACGAGAGCCGCAAGCUGGAGCACCAGAAGAAGCAGGAGAAGGCCAACCGCAUCGUGGCCGAGGCCAUCGCGAGGGCCCAGCGCCUCGCGGGCGAGCAGAACAUCCCGCGCGUGCUCAACGAGGACGAGCUGCCCAGCGUGCGGCCCGAGGACGAGGGCGAGCGCAAGCGGCGGCGCAAGGACCGGGCGGCGGCCAAGGAGGAGCGGCCCCGGAGGGGCAAGGGGCAGGGCAAGAGCAAAGGCAGGGGCAAGGCCAGCACCAUCACGCCGGUGGUCAGCAAGAAGCGCAAGCGCAACGCCAGCUCGGACAAUUCGGACUCGGAGGCGCUGCCGGCGCCGUCCCCGCGCCAGGACGCCGACGGCGGAGGCGGCGGAGGGGGCGGAGUCCAGAAGCGGCGCUCGAACCGCCAGGUGAAGCGCAAGAAGUACACCGAGGACCUGGACAUCAAGCUGACGGACGACGAGGAGCUGGACGAGGAGCUGGACGUGACGGGGCCGGCGGCGCUCGGACGCCGGCGGCCGGACGCCCCGUGCCGCCCGGCGCCGCCGCGAAGCGGCCCGGGACGCGCGCUGCUGCCCUCCAUGCAGUUCUUCGUGGAGAACCCGAGCGAGGAGGACGCGGCCAUCGUGGACAAGGUGCUGGCCAUGCGCGUGGUCAAGAAGGAGCUGCCGUCGGGACAGCUGGCGGAGGCCGAGGAGUUCUUCGUCAAGUACAAGAACUACUCGUACCUGCACUGCGAGUGGGCGACGAUCGCGCAGCUGGAGAAGGACAAACGGAUCCACCAGAAACUGAAACGCUUCAAGACCAAAAUGAACCAAAUGCGGCAUUUCUUCCACGAGGAUGAGGAGCCCUUCAACCCCGACUACGUGGAGGUCGAUCGGAUCCUGGACGAGUCGCACAGCGUGGACAAGGACAACGGCGAGCCCGUGGUGUAUUACCUGGUGAAGUGGUGCUCGCUGCCGUACGAGGACAGCACCUGGGAGCUGCAGGAGGACGUGGACGAGGCCAAGGUGGCCGAGUUCAAGCGGAUCCAGGCGCGGCACCCCGAGCUCAAGAGACAGCCCCGCCCCCAGGCCGGCGCCUGGAAGAAGCUGGAGGCGUCGCACGAGUACAAGAACCACAACCAGCUGCGGGAAUACCAGCUGGAGGGCGUCAACUGGCUGCUCUUCAACUGGUACAACAGGCAGAACUGCAUCCUGGCGGACGAGAUGGGGCUGGGCAAGACGAUCCAGUCGAUCGCGUUCCUGCAGGAGGUGCACGGCGCAGGUGUGCGCGGCCCCUACCUGGUGAUCGCGCCGCUCUCCACCAUCGCCAACUGGGAGCGCGAGUUCGGCACCUGGACGCACCUGAACACCAUCGUGUACCACGGCAGCCUGGCCAGCCGGCAGAUGAUCCAGCAGUACGAGAUGUACUGCAAGGACAGCAAGGGCCGGCUGAUCCCAGGUGCGUACAAGUUCGACGCGCUGAUCACGACGUUCGAGAUGAUCCUGUCGGACUGCCCCGAGCUGCGUGAGGUGCAGUGGCGCUGCGUGGUCAUCGACGAGGCGCACCGCCUCAAGAACCGCCACUGCAAGCUGCUGGACAGCCUCAAGCACAUGGACCUGGAGCACAAGGUGUUACUCACGGGCACACCUCUGCAGAACACGGUCGAGGAGCUCUUCAGCCUCCUGCACUUCCUGGAGCCCUCCCAGUUCCCGUCCGAGGCCGAGUUCCUCAAGGACUUCGGGGACCUGAAAACCGAGGAGCAGGUGCAGAAGCUGCAGGCGCUGCUGAAGCCCAUGAUGCUGCGGCGCCUCAAGGAGGACGUGGAGAAGAACCUGGCGCCCAAGCAGGAGACCAUCAUCGAGGUGGAGCUGACCAACGCGCAGAAGCGCCUGUACCGCGCCAUCCUGGAGCGCAACUUCGCCUACCUGGCCCGGGGGGCGGGGCACGGCAACGUGCCCAACCUGCUCAACACCAUGAUGGAGCUGCGCAAGUGCUGCAACCACCCCUACCUCAUCAACGGUGCGGAGGAGCAGAUCGUGGCGGAGCUGAGGGCCUCGCUGCCCGCGCUGCCCGCGCCCGAGCUGGCGCUGCAGGCCCUGGUGCGCUCGGCCGGCAAGCUGGUGCUGCUGGACAAGCUGCUGCCGCGGCUGCGCGCCGGCGGCCACAAGGUGCUGGUCUUCUGGCAGAUGGUGCGCUGCCUGGACAUCCUGGAGGACUACCUCAUCCAGAAACGGUACCCGUACGAGCGCAUCGACGGGCGCGUCCGGGGCAACUUGCGCCAGGCCGCCAUCGACCGCUUCAGCCGGCCCGACUCGGACCGCUUCGUGUUCCUGCUGUGCACGCGGGCCGGCGGGCUGGGCAUCAACCUGACGGCGGCCGACACCUGCAUCAUCUUCGACUCCGACUGGAACCCCCAGAACGAUCUCCAGGCGCAGGCGCGGUGCCACCGGAUCGGGCAGAGCAAGGCGGUGAAGGUCUACCGGCUGAUCACGCGCAACUCGUACGAGCGCGAGAUGUUCGACAAGGCCAGCCUGAAGCUGGGCCUGGACAAGGCCGUGCUGCAGUCCAUGAGCGGCCGCGAGGGCUCCAUCGCCGGGAUCCAGCAGUUCUCCAAGAAGGAGAUCGAGGGCCUGAGGUUCUCCAGUUUGAGGCCCUCCACGCGCCGAGUCAUGGACAAGAGAAGGUCCAGGUGGGCUUUGGUGGCCCUGGAGAAGAUCGAGAUGAGUUUUGGUGGGUUCAGGUGGACUUUGGUGGUCCUAAAGAAGAUCCAGGCCAGCUUCGUGGCCUCGGAGAACCGCACGGACAUCGCGCUGGACGACCCCAACUUCUGGCAGAAGUGGGCCAAGAAGGCCGACCUGGACCUGGAGCUGCUCAACAGCAAGAACACUCUGGUCAUCGACACCCCUCGGGUCCGCAAGCAGACUGACCACUUCAGCACCUGGACUCGCCACUUCAGCACGCUGCGCGACGAUGACCUGGUGGAGUUCUCGGACCUGGAGAGCGACGAGGACCUGGAGCGGCCGGACCGGGCCACGCCCGCCCGGACACGGCGCGGCGGCCACCGGCCAGCACGGCCGCCGUUCGGCAGGAGCGACUGCGUGCGCGUGGAGAAACACCUGAUGGUCUACGGGUGGGGCCGCUGGCGCGAGCUGGCCGCCCAGGGCCGCUUCAAGCGCCGCGUGUCCGAGCGCGACGUGGAGAGCCUGGGCCGCGCCAUCGUGCUCUUCUGCCUGCGGCACUUCCGCGGCGACGACGGCACCCGGCGUUCGCGUGCGCUUUGGGUCACUGACGGCACCCGGCCGUUCGCGUGCGCGCUGCUGAGCCCUGGACACAACAACGGCCGGGCCAGGAGCGUGGCCGGACAGCAGGGGUCGCCGUCGCUGCCACGCGGCCGCAAGGGCCGGAAGGCGCCGAAGGUUCCGGAAGGUUCCGCGGGCGCCGAGUGGCUGCUGCAGGACGAGGGCUACCGGAAACACCUGCGGCACCACGGCGGCAAGCUGCUGCUGCGCGUGCGCACGCUGCACUUCCUGCGGCACGAGGUCAUCGGCGAGCAGGCCGAGCGCGUCCUGGCCGGCGCCAGCGCCAGCGACGUGCACAUCUGGCUCCCCGCGCUGGAGCAGCCGGAGCCGCCCGCGGCCUGGUGGGACCCGGAGGCCGACAAGAGCCUGCUGCUGGGGGUGCUCAAACACGGGUACGAGCGGUACCACACCAUGCGCGCAGACCCCGCCCUGUGUUUCCUGGCCCGGGCCGGGGGUCCCGAUGCCGCGGCCGUGGCGGCCGAGCAGCGCCUGGAGGGGCCCGAGGGGGCCGAUUUGGACAAAGAGCCCGAGGACGCCGAGUACAAACCCCUGCCGGGCGCCGAGGAGGGCGACGCCGCGGCCCCGCUGGACCCGGAGAGCUUGGCGCUGGACGGCGACGAAGGCUCAGCACCAUCCUGCUCCUCCUCCUCCUCGUGGCCCUCGGCCGCGGCGCUGACCGCUCGCUUCCGCCGCCUGAUCGGGGCGGUGCAGCGGGGCCGGACCCCCCGAGCCGCCCCAGCCCUCCCCCACGCGGCGAGGGCGGCGGCAGCGGCGCGGCCACGCACCGGGCGCGACAAGCAGCAGCGCUGGACGCGGCGCGAGCAGGCCGAUUUCCUGCGCGUGGCCUCGACGUUCGGCGUGGAGCUGGAGCCGGGCUCGGGCCGGUUCCGCUGGGGCCGGUUCCGCGCGCUGGCCGGGCUGGAGCGGCGCUCGGACGAGGAGCUCACGCGCUUCUACCACGGCUUCGUGGCCAUGUGCCGCCAGGUGUGCCGCCUGCCGCCCGCGCCCGGAGACGUUCCUCCGGCUCUGUCCCCGCCCCCGUCACGCGCCGUGUCCCCUCUCUGGCGCCCGCGCUGGCCCUCGCCGCCUUCGCGUCGCUGUUCCUCCGGCUCUGUCCCCGCCACCGUUAGCCGUGUCCCCGUCUCUGGCGCUGCGCUGCCUGCGCCGGCUGUCGCUGCUGCGCUGCCUGCGCUGAAGGCGCUGCCGCACUCCGGCGCUGGGCUCGCUGCUGGCGCUGCUGCCGCCGGCUCGCCUGCCGCCCGCCUGGUGCCUGCGCUGGCGUGCACGCUACGCGCUGGCGGGCGGCGGCGCAGCACGGCCUGCGGGGGCGCUGCUGCGCGCGGCAUCGCCCCCGGGCUCAUGGGGCCGGAGGCGCUGGGGGCCGACGACGAGGACGAGGAGGAUGAGGAAGAGGAGGGGGGGGGGGAGGACGAGGAUUCCCCUCCCCCCCCCGGCGAGGGCGGCUCCCCCAAGGCGCCCCUCCCCCACCCCGCUCCGGGGGGGCCCCAAAAUCUCCUCUAUUGGCCCAAGCCUCACAAGGAGUUCACGGUGCAGAUCAAGGACGAGGAGGGGCUCAAAUUGACCUUCCAGAAACAUCGGCUGGGGCCCAACGGGGCCCAACGAGCGCCCAACCCUCCCAAGAAAAACAGCAAGAAACUGGUGGAGCUGGAGCUGCGCUGCCUCGAGGGGCUCCGGGACCCCCCGGGAGACCCCGAGGGCGCCCUGGGGGCCCCUCCCCCUCACCGCGGAGACGGCCCCGAAUUCGCCGACCCCCGGCUGCAUCCGUUCGUGGAGCAGCGGCGGGAGAAGUGGCACCGGAAAAAGUUCAUCCCCUCCCCCCCCUCAGGUUUGGACCUUUCCAAGAUGGUGGCGUUGAUGGGGGGCGGAGCCAGCAGCGCAGGGGGCGUGGCCUCUCCUUCCUUAGCCCCGCCCCCACGCUUCCGGCCAGAAGCAGAAGAGGAGGCGGAAGCAGGAAGUGGGUGCUGCCCCCUGCUGGCCGACCCCAUGUUGCCACCCACUUCCGACUCGGAUUAAGCCCCGCCCCUUCUCCUGCCGGGGCCACGCCCCCCUCCCCAUAUUUAUAUAAAUAUGUAAAAUGUCUCUGUGUCAUAGGGGGGCGGGGCGGGGGGCGGGGCUGAGCGGGGCGGGGCCGAGUUUGGCGGGGGUCAAUGU